UCAGAACCGGUCACACAGAGGUCAAAUUUAUUUACUCUACCUGAAAUACAUGUUGACUGUCACUUUCCAUAUUUGCCCAAAUCAUAUAUCCCCCGUUGACACUGCAGCGCCCGGUUCACAAUGAGGUUUCUUUGCCUCCACGGCCAUGGCACCAAUUCUUCCAUACUCGAGGCGCAGCUAGAGCCCAUCAGAGCCUAUCUUCCGAGAAACUGGGAGUUCGAAUUCCUGGAUGGAGAAAUGGAGGCUGAACCGGCUCCUGGAAUCGAUGCAAUCUUCCCGGGACCCUAUUUUGGCUAUCAUGGUGAGCCAAUCCCCGACGACGUUCAGAAAGCAUACGACCUCGUGCUGGAGGUAGUCCGAGAAGAGGGCCCCUUUGACGGGGUGCUUGGUUUCUCCCAGGGAGCAGCCGUGGCCUCAACACUUCUUCUCAACCACGCCAGAACCGAUCCGACCGAAGAACUAUUCAAGGUGGGAGUCUUUAUAUCCACGACGAUGCCCUUCGACAUGGGAUCUGGCAAGUUGAAACUCACGUACGAGCCCACGCAACGAGAGCUGUCCGCCAUCCACCAGGACGCGGAGGGAAACGCAAUCGGAGAUGAUCACAUCGAUUGGAUGACGGAUGUUCGAUCGAAGGGAGUGAUUGAUGAGUUUGAGGCCCGACGACCGAUGGCUGCUAGCGCCAAAGAAGCAACGAGUGUCGAUGUCCUGCUGAGAUUUCAUCCAACCACACAUAUCCAGCGGAUCAACAUCCCGACUGCGCAUGUUAUUGGGGAGAAGGAUCAGUAUGCCGACCAUGGCAGGGCCCUCGUAGGAAUGUGUGAGCCGAGAUUGGCACAUGUGGUGACGCAUGACGGUGGCCACCAGCUUCCUAGAAGUACAUCUACGGUUGCAAAGGUGGCUGGCGCGAUUCAGAUGGCUGUUGAACAGAUGCAGUUCCAAACUUGAUGCUAUCAACUUGUGGCUUCUUACAAUAUUCAACCUUCAUUAUGAAGAAAAAUAUUUAUAUAAGAGGCGUUUGCAUCAAACCAUUCAGUAGUACAAAU